AUGAGCAAGAAAGAUUCGGAAAACGUUUGCUUCUGGUUGCCGAACCAAACGGCCGGCAAGAUGGAUGUGCUAACGCCGCACAAAAUGAUCGUCGUCUUUCUCAUCCAGGAGUAUUUGCGGCUGAAGAAAACUGUUGCCGAUGGUGCAACACGUGAACAGCCGCACCAGAUCGAGGUGAGUGCCGGUGACCGGAAGCGGUUCUGUCUGCUGUUGCUGAAGCUGAUCCAGUACCCCGACUUACCGUACAAGGAUCUGUACGGUUUGCUGCUGUCCCCGGUGUACGGUGUACAUCCGGUGCAUUUGGAAGAGUUUAAGAAGCUGAUGAAGCUGCUGAAAACCGUCGGCAUUGAUGUAAUGUUCGAUCUGUACAACGAAAUCGAUAAGCUCAUUGUGGAAAACACGGCCAGCUUCCAGAUCGGUAUAGUUGGGCUGUACUUGCGCAAGGUGUUCGUAACGAUGGACCGGAUGAGCUUUCACGAGAUGAAGGAUCUGUAUCUUGCCACCAUCGCGUACUACGACAAGGGCAUGCACGCAAUCCGACUCGUUCCCUGUCCGGACGCAAGCUACGAGGGUGAUAGUGUGAAGCAAACCCAGAACCAGUACACCCCGAUUGAACCCUCCGACCAUGGGCAGCUUUCGGCCAAGUGGUCCGUUAAACAAUCGGAACUGUUCAUCGCCCAGCAGAGCGCAUUGCUGAAGGAGAACGAAGCGAAAGCACUCCCCCCGAAGGAGCUACAAAAACGGCUGAAUGAAAUUAUUCAUGACCGUCCACACUGUUCCCAGGCGUACUUUCUUACCUACAUGAACAAUCUGCGUGUGCGGGAAUUUUUCGGUGCUGUCCACGCGUUACAGCGAGUGUUCGAUCGCAAUCCUUCGGCCGGUGCGCCACCGGCAGCAUCGACGACCACAUCCGAAUGCAAAGAAUAUCAGUAUUCGAGCCUUAAUCUAGCCAUUCUUCAUGCUGAAUUCGGACAGCCCAAACUGGCCCGCACAUGCUUGCGGGAAUGCAUAAUGCUUGCGCAGGAAAAUAAUGACACAACGUGCUUACAGCUGGCCCAUGCCUGGUUGUCCCAUCUAGAGGGACACAGUAUGCCACUGCCGGACAAAAACACUAGCGGAAGUUUGUUUCACGCAACCUCGUUGCGGAUACUGUCCCAUCUGCGGCACGGGUCCAUGACCGGCGUACCUCCCUCGAAGCUGUACGGUUUACUGAUGGUAAACGAUCUGCUCAAUGCUCAACGAUCAAUGAUGGAUCUGGUGGCGACCGGUAUCGCCGAACGGACCGCACUUUGGACCGUGUACGGGAAACACGAGCAGGCCUCAUUGUGCGCCCAAUUGCUACUGAACGUCGAUCUCAAAUUGCUCGGUAAAACGUACAACGGGAAUGGUAUUUGUCAGGUGCUCUGCUCGCUCGUCGUCCGAUUAGCGCAUCUGGGCGAGUUUGGCCACGCACUCGUCGUGUUGCAACAUACGAAACAGCGAUUUCCACGCUACCCUCAAUCGCGCGACUGGCAUCUGGCCGACCAUUACGUCACGGUGUUACGUGCCAUCUACCGUGGCCGUUGGGUGGAAGCGACCGGCGAAUGCCAGUGUCUAUUCUCAUACGAUCGCAACCUGGCGCUGCUUCUGUUUGCUCACAUCGCUCUGGAAAAGCAGGAUUUUGGAAUGGGUGAAAAAUUUAUCGCACGCCUCCUGCAGGACGAACAGCUGGAUCCGCUGACGCGCAUUCGUGCGAUGAUUCUGCACGCAAACGUAUACCUUCACUGUGGACAUCCGAAAGCGUUCCACAUGCUAAGCUGUGCCCAAAUGUUCGCCCAAAAGUAUCACCUGCAGUACGAAGAAGCAUUGGUGAAUCUACAUUUGGCGUAUCUGCUGCUGGUGCAUUUGCAUGCACCGAUGCAAGCAUCGCUAUCGCUUAAAGCUUCCCUCGAAACUAUUCUCGCGAAUGGACCAAUAUACGAUCGGGCACGAGCACUGUUUCUGUUCGCCCGCACACUGGUCGAGAUGGAAAAACAUUCAACAAAAGCGCAACGCUUGCAACAGCUCGGUACGAUGUUGCCAACGUUCGAGGAAGCGGUAGAUAUGUUUGAAAAGCUGGAAUGUUAUUGUAAGGCGAAGGAUGUGUACGUGUAUCUGGCCCAAACGUACCACGAGCUGGGAUCGUUCGAGGAUCGUAAUCGCUACUCCUACCGGUACCGAUUGCUGGAGCAACAGUAUCCAACCGAGCGCCAGUAUCUGAAUGUGUUUCUGUGA